CUACAGCUGCGACCAUGGAGACCAUGGAUAGGAGUUCAGAAGCAACCUGUUUCUCCAUCAAUCUGUUCUCUGUGAAUGAGGACCAGGUACAGGGAGAGAUACAGGUGGCCAAACAGAGGCAACACCAAGGCCUUUCUCUACAGUUGAGCACAGGGCUGGAGGAGACAGAGCUCACUAUUCAGGAUGGUAAGUACGCAUGCAAGAAACAAGAACAAGCAAAUAUGUCUUGAUAUUUUUAUACUUCAUACUACCUCUUUCCGUAUGAGGACAAUCAAGAAGAAAUAGUGAACAUAAUACGUAAGUCAUGAUGCUCUCUUUAUUUCUGAAUAAAAUUGCCAAUUACUUUUUUUUCUGAAGACAAACAAAGAAAUUGUAUUGUCCUCUCUCUGGUCUAUGAGAAGUCCAGGUAUGUGUAUGUGUGUGCGAUUGUAUGACAUUUUCCUACAGUGUUUCCCAUAUGGCAAUUGUACUUCUCUCUGUGUGGUCGCUGGACCUGCUGUGCUGACAGGUCUGUGAGAUUUACUACCCAGUUGUGUGCACCCUGUGUGUGUGUGUAUGUGUAAAAUCUAAUCUAAUCUAAUUGUAUUUGUCACACGUGCCGAAUACAACAAGUGUAGACUUUACUGUGAAAUGCUUACUUACGAGCCCUUUCCCAACAAUGCAGAGUUAAAAAGUAAGAAAAUGUGCUAAUAAAAAUAGAAAAGAGUAACACAAUAAAUAACAAUAACAAGGCUAUAUACAAGGAGUCCCAGUACCGAGUCAAUGUGCAGGGGCACAAGGUAGUUGAGGUAAUAUGUACAUGUAGGUAGGGGUAAAAGUGACUAUCCAAUCAGGAUAGAUAAUUGUAGCAGCAGCGUAUGUGGAGAGUGUGAAUGUAUGUAUGUGUCUGUGUGGCGUCAAUAUGCAUGCAUGUGUGUUUGUGUGUGUGUGUGUGUCUGACUCUGUUGGACAGUAUGCACCUAAACUGUGUUUUCGUAUACUAUACGGUACAGUGGGCCUAGCCACCAUAGCUCUCUGCCUGCUGGUGCACAGGAUCAGAUAGUGCCACUACACAUUAGUAGCCUCGUGCCACAGUUCACUGCCAGAGUAUGCUGAAGGUUAUCUUAGGUUAAGGGCUGACAUUGUUAUUUAUGGUUCCUUUACUGAUACAUUUACAAAAGGCCAAGAACAAAUGAAAUGGAUUCAGGGCAGAUAACACACAGGAUCAGCCCUCUGGACAAUGUACAAGACAGAAAACAGUGAGAAUACAGAAAUCUUGUAUUUAGGUGUAUUUUAAUUAACUAUCUGUUGGGUUUUUUUCCUUUACAGGUGAUGGGGCCUGUGUAUUCAAAUUCACAGUCACCAGGGAAACAGACUGUUGUCGGGUGGGCACCCAAUCUUUCCUCAUAACCGUUGGCUGCCUGAGUGUUCUCUUGCAGUUCAGAACACAGAGUGGUAAGGGCACACAUAAAACUACGCACGUUGGCUAAAAUGGAAGCCUACUUUACACAGUCAAAAAUAGUUUUCAUGCAUAAAGUCUGUUGUUUUCUGACCCCAGAGUUUCAGGAGUUCCACAGACAGCUGAGAAGAGAAGAUAAGCCAGCAGUGUUUGACCAGAGAACUGAAGACUCCUCAGCCCUGCAGUACUUCCAGGUAGUUUUACUGUACCAGUCAACUAGACCCUCAGAGAGACCAACUGGUGGUGUACUUGGUUGUGACUGAACCUCUUCGUCCCUUCCUCUGUAGUUUUAUGGCUGUUUAUCACAACAACAGAAUAUGCUGCAGGAUUAUUUGAGGACAGCCACGUAUCAAAAGGCCAUUCUGCUAAACGAGACGGAUUUCAAGGACAAGGUAAGAAUGGAACCACAUAACCAGAACCACACAUAACCACAGAACCUGAUCAUGUCUUACAUUUUGUCUGUUACUACAUGUAGAUGUAAUGUCUGGCUGCUUCCUGUACCCAGAUAGUACUUGAUGUUGGCAGUGGAUCAGGGAUCCUGUCUUUUUUCGCCAUCCAGGCAGGAGCGAAGAGGGUAUAUGCUGUGGAGGCCAGCCCUGUAGCCAAAUUUGCAGAGGUAAAGGCAUCUGUUUUACCUUUCAACCUUACUGCUGCUCUGGCAGCAUCAGAUUUUUUUCCUAUCAACCUUCCAGGAAAUGUGAAAGUUAAUGUUAAACGAGCAUCCUUUUGCACUUUAGCAUGCACUAUCUGGCAUUUUCAACCUAUAGCACCAGAAUUCUUAAUAAUUGCUCAAAUGUGUGUAUUGUAUGAUGAAUAGGUGGUUACUUUAAUAACGUCAUUGGUCUGUUGAGAUGAUUGAACGUUCUAUGCUGCUUUGAAAUCUGAUUUAUGUUUCUGCUGUUUUAGCAGCUUUAACCACUUACGCCUAGAAAGAGAAGGAAAAUCUUACGGCUUUGACCAGUGAAUAAAGUCAUUUGUAUUGCUUGGCCCAAAACACCCCGGGUAAAGAUGAUGAAUCACUUAUCACAGUCCUAAUCACCUAUGUUGUCAAUGCAUCUAGCUCAAACCUCAUGCUGUCUACAUGGAGCCAAGAACAAACUCUUGAUGAAAACCGCACAACCCUGGAAAUGCUAUCUCAGAGAGAGUCACACCUCCAGAACAGAACAUCCCCCAUAAAUGGACCUCGUGCUUCACACACAGAGCAUGACAUUCUAAGGGUGUAAUGACUUGAGGCCACUCUUGGCCCAGAAACCAGCUUGGGGGUGAAGGAAACAUAUUUUCAUGGAUGGAUGGCCUCUAGCUUAACAGUCAGGCAUAGUUCACCCUGCUCUAUUUCUACUGCUUUACUGGUAUUCAUUUCUAGACUGCAACCAGAUGUGUCUCUUCAUAUUUAUUUUCUUCCACAUUGCAGCUUAUCUGCCAAUAGUCGAACCCUAUACUCAGUUUGACAAAAGCUAUAUAAAACAAUGGCGGACCUCCAUAAUGUAUUCCUGUUGGGGUGGUUGCAUGGUUUCUCUGAGCAGGCUGAAUCCCUAUCAUACUGUAGGCCUACACUGAGGUCUAUAUAAAUAGUGUGAACCAGAGCCUGGGACCACCCCUGUGGACGCUUGGCCAGCGUCAGUGUGCACGUGCAUGUGCAUGGGUCACUGCCUCACAAGAACGCUCCACAUGCCAAGGUCUGGAUUAAACAGGAAGGCUACUCUGCCACGGUCUGGGAUGAUGACCUACACAGACAGCAAGAGAGAACCAACCAGUGUGGACAAUGUCCUAUUGAAACAAUAUAAUGAGAGGCUCCCUCACACUCCCAGUCAGAGGAUCUUGCCUGGCCAGCUUUACCUGGUUUAUGUCUAUAAUACAACAUAUGCUUCAGCCUCUCAGUAAUCCAAGACCCAGGAGUCUGUCCCUCUCACUCAGUGUGCAUGGAGAGCAUUUCCAUCUAAAAGGACCCAUGAGCACCAACAUGUGAAGUUCAUAGGAGCAUGUCAAAUUCUGUGUCAAAUGAAAGCUAAGAGUCUAUAUUUUUGAGAAAUUAAGGCAUAUAUACACCACCGGUCCAAAGUUUUAGAACACCUACUCAUUCAAGGGUUUUUCUAUAUUUUUACUAUUUUACACUUUGAAAUAACACAUAUGGAAUCAUGUAGUAACCAAUAAAGUGUUAAACAAAUCAAACUAUAUUUUAUAUUUGAAAUGCUUCAAAUAGCCACCCUUUGCCUUGAUGACAGCUUUGCACACUCUUGGCAUUCUCUCAAACAGCUUCACCUGGAAUGCUUUUCCAACAGUCUUGAAGGAGUUCCCAAAUAUGCUGAGCACUUGUCGGCUGCUUUUCCUUCACUCUGCCGUCCAACUCAUCCCAAACCAUCUCAAUUUGGUUGAGGUCGGGGGAAUUGUGAGGCCAGGUCAUCUGACGCAGCACUCCAUCACUCUCCUUCUUGGUCAAAUGGCCCUUUCACAGCCUGGAGGUGUGUUGGGUCAUUGUCCUGUUGAUAGCCCCACUAAGCCCAAACCAGAUGGGAUGGCGUAUCGCUGCAGAAUGCUGUGGUAGCCAUGCUGGUUAAGUGUGCCUUGAAUUCUAAACAAAUCACAGACAGUGUCACCAGCAAAGCACCCCCACACCAUAACACCUCCUCCUCCAUGCUUUACGGUGGGAAAUACAUAUGCGGAGAUCAUCCGUUCACCCACACCACGUCUCACAAAGACACGGCAGUUGGAACCAAAAAUCUCCAAUUUGGACUCCAGACCAAAGGACACAUUUCCACCGGUGCUCGUGUUUCUUGGCCCAAGCAAGUCUCUUCUCAUUAUUGGUGUCCUUUAGUAGUGGGGUUUUUUCAGCAAUUCGACCAUGAAGGCCUGAUUCACACAGUCUCCUCUGAACAGCUGAUGUUGAACUUAUCCUCUGCAGCAGAGGUAACUCUGGGUCUUCCAUUCCUGUGGCGGUCCUCAUGAGAGCCAGUUUCAUCAUAGCGCUUGAUGGUUUUUGCAACUGCACUUGAAGAAACUUUCAAAGUUCUUGAAAUGUUCCGUAUUGACUGACUUUCAUGUCUUAAAGAAAUGAUGGACUGUCGUUUCUCUUUGCUUAUUUGAGCUGUUCUUGCCAUAAUAUGGACUUGGUCUUUUACCAAAUAGGGCUAUCUUCUGUAUACCCCUACCUUGUCACAACACAACUGAUUGGCUGAAACGCAUUAAGAAGGAAAGAAAUUCCACAAAUUAACUUUUAAGCAGGCACACCAGUUAAUUGAAAUGCAUUCCAGGUGAUUACCUCAUGAAGCUGGUUAAGAGAAUGCCAAGAGUGUGAAAAGCUGUCAUCAAGGCAAAGGGUGGCUAUUUGAACAAUCUCAAAUAUAAAAUAUAUUUUAAUUUGUUUAACACUUUUUUGGUUACUACAUGAUUCCAUAUGUGUUAUUUCAUAGUUUUGAUGUAUUCACUAUUAUUCUACAAUGUUAAUUAAGAAAAACACUUGAAUGAGCAGGUGUUUUAAAACUUUGGACCGGUAGUGUACAUUUUUCUACCAUUUUCCAUCCUAAAAAUCUGGAAUAAGCAAACAGAUGGAAAAUGGGUCUUAGACCACAACAUCUACCAGAAAAGGGGUAUUAGAAAUACAUAAGAACACAAUAAUGUUGAAGUAAAGACCCCUGCCAACUAAUAUCAAUACUAAUAUUUGGUUUUGGAUUAAUUAUUUACUUUUUGUAAGUUUAAGAAACUUUGUGCCUUGUAAUUCCAUUACCAAAAAUGACUUUCUCUCAUGAGGAGGGAGGAUAAUGAAAGUUCACAGAAGUAACAAGUAAAGGUAGACUUACCAAUUAGUUACUGUAUAGUGUUUUUACUAAUAUCAAGUUUGUUUAUGAAUUAUUAAGUGAUAAAAACUCAUAAUUCUGUUACCAAAUUAGAAUUACUGCAAUUAAAUUGUCUACAAUGGGAAAUCAUAGUAGUCACAAACCACAGUUGGGUCACCUGCUACUGUCCUCCCUUCCACUGGCAUUCUGUUAUGUUCAACUGAUAACUGUUUUCUUUCUCUUUCUGUCGUCUGGUGGUCAAAGCAAGAGUGUGAAAACAGUCUGGACAACCCCUCCCUCUCUCUGAUGAUCUUACUGACAUCUACCAUGACACCUACCACCUACCCUCUUUCCAUUUACUGUAACAAGCAUCCUCACCCACUGAGCACAGACCGACAUUGGACGUGGUCGCAUAAAAAACUGAGGGAGAUUUUAUCGUAAUUCUGUUCCAAACUUUGCAUCUGCACAGUUCUUCCAAUAAAUGUGUUUUUGUGAGCUUUUCUGUGCAAAUUGUUCAAAGUAGUUAUUGUGCACAAAGUUGUAUAGUUUGUUAAAUGUUUAAAUCAAUGGUUUUUGUUUGGCAUACAUUUUAAAGUGAAAAGUCGGAGUCAAAGCAUAGUUCCGUUACCAUGGAAUUGCCCUGGAGCAGCAGCACAGCAGCUGUCGCAUCAUUAAAGUAGAACUCCCUGUUUACACAGCAGGGAAGUGGACUGUACCAGAGCACUUCAUGGGAGCGUUUGCAUGCAUGAGGUUUUACCAAAACACAAUUUGUCAACAGCUAAUUCUUUCCCUCUAAUUUUAGACAGCAGAUUAAUGUAAUUUCAGGUAAAGAAACAAGCUACAAAUAUCCUUGAUCCAAGACAGCUGCUCUCACAUGUACUACACAGGAUGUCUUCAUCAAAACCUCAGACGUGCAGUGGUGCAUCAGUAAGAUCAGACCCUAUCUGACUCAAACAACAAAUGUCAUUUUUUGGGGGGACAGCAAUGUUUUGUGUUUUCCCUUCAGAUGCUUGUAAAGAGCAAUCAUCUGUCAGAUAGGAUCAUAGUCCUGGCUGGAAAGAUUGAGGAGGUGUCGUGCCCUGAGCAGGUGGACGUGAUCAUCUCAGAGCCCAUUGGCUACAUGCUGCUGAACGAGAGGAUGCUGGAGAGCUACCUCCACUCCAGGAAGUGGCUCAAACCCAAGGGUCAGUUUAGUUCCAACAGAGGCAAUUUUCCAUGCUGUGAUUGAUCUGUUGAUAGUUUUGUUCAGCUAAUGUUACACAAAACAUGUCUCUCUUCUACCUAUUCAGGUAUGAUGUUCCCAACCUGCAGUGACAUGCACCUCGCUCCCUUCACUGACGAGCAGCUCUACAUCGAGCACUAUGGACGCUCUAGCUUCUGGUGAGCUUCUGGUUUCAGAAUCUGCCAUGUGUCAUUCCAGCACCACAAGGUGGAGGCUGAACUCAAAUAAACGUUAUUUUUAGAGUUAUAUUCUGUAUUAGUGCUGCUUUCCAUAGGGGGUUUCACAGUUGGCAUCAGUGCUAACUUAAGUCGUACUUAACUGUGACAGCAGUGUGUGUGGAUGCCAUGAAAACACAGUGAACUGCUGUAUGGGAUGAGAUCAUAGUGCUCUCCUCCCCCUCUCUCCUCUCCUUCUGGGGGGAAGCAGAGCAGAGCAGAGCAGGAUGCCAGUGCGUUAACAGACCAUGAUUGACCCCGCCUCACACCCCCACAAAGCCUCUCAGUCUGGGCCUGGCCCUGCCUGACGCUCCCCUCCCCUCCUCUCUCCUCCAUCUCCACGGGUCUCUGUGACUGUUUACAGCUGUGUCCAUGAGGGUUUAUUUGACAUCCCCCCACAGGGGCCCGGGCAGGCUGCGGGGCAAUGCAACAUGCCAGUAGAGGCUAAUCGGCACCCCACCCACCCACAGCUCCAGGUCCGACUGGCACUGGGCCGUGACCCCAGUCAAGCGGGUUUCCUGUCAACGUAAAACGCUCCAGUUCAGUCCAAACCUGACUCACACAUACCCUCUCGAACCCCCUCUACUCAGAUAACUGUCCUCACACUGCCAGUGGCAGAAGACACAGAGACAUAGAGAGAGAUGUAAAGAAAAUAUCUGCUGCUCAAAUAUUGUUGGUUAGAGUGCAAUAUGGACUGUGCAGUCAUGUCUUUGCCUGUAGUUUUCGUCCCUCACUACAUUCAACACAUGAGCUCAGAUGCCAUGCUUACAUGGAGAUACCGGCUAGAUGUUGCAAUGCUCCUCUGUGAAUCCUCUGCCUUCCCCCUCACUUACACACCUACACUACAUGACCAAAAGUAUCUGGACACCUGCUCAUCGAACAUCUCAUUCCAAAAUCUUGGGCAUUAAUAUGAAGUUUGGCUUUCCACUAGAUGUUGAAACAUUGCUGCGGGGAUUUGCUUCCAUUCAGCCACAAGAGCAUUAGUGAGGUCGGGCACGUUGGGCGAUUAGGCCUGGCUCGCAGUCGGCAUUCUAAUUCACCCCAAAGGUGUUCGAUGGGGUUGAGGUAAGGGCUCUGUGCAAGCCUGUCAAGUUCUUCCACACCGAUCUCGACAAACCAUUUCUGUAUGGACCUCGCUUUGUUCACAGGGACAUUGUCAUGCUGAUACAGGAAAGAGCCUUCCCCAAACUGUUGCCACAAAGUUGGAAGCACAGAAAUGUCUAGAAUUUCAUUAAAUGCUGUAGCGUUAAGAUUUCCCUUCACUGGAACUAAGGGGCCUAGCCCGAACCAUGAAAACAGCCCCAGACCAUUAUUCCUCCUCCACCAAACUUUACAGUUGACACUAUGCAUUGAGGCAGGUAGCGUUCUCCUGGCAUCCGCCAAACCCAGAUUCGUUCGUCGGACUGACAGAUGGUGAAGCGCGAUUCAUCACUCCAGACAACGCAUUUCCACUGCUCCAGAGUCCAAUGGCGGCGAGCUUUACACCACUCCAGGCGACACUUGGCAAUGUGCAUGGUAAUCUUAGGCUUGUAUGCGGCUGCUCGGCCAUGGAAACCCAUUUCAUGAAGCUCCCGACGAACAGUUCUUGUGCUGACGUUGCUUCCAGAGGCAGUUUGGAACUCCGUAGUGAGUGUUGCAACCGAGGACAGACGAUUUCUAAGGUUCUACGCGCUUCAGCACCCGGCGGUCCCGUUCUGUGAGCUUGUGUGGCCUACCACUUCGUUUCGGAGCCGUUGUUGCUCCUAGACGUUUCCACUUCACAAUAACAGCACUUACAGUUGACCGAGGCAGCUCUAGCAGGGCAAAAAUGUGACGAACUGACUAUGACGGUGCCACGUUGAAGGUCACUGAGGUCUUCGGUAAGGCCAUUCUACUGCCAUUGUUUGUCUAUGGAGAAUGCAUGGCUGUGUGCUCGAUUUUAUGCACCUGCCAGCAACGGGUGUGUCUGAAAUAACCUAAUACAUUAAUUUGAAGGGGUGUCCACAUACUUUUGUAUUUAUAGUGUAUCUCUUCCGCACCAGUUCACUAGUGCUGACAGCAUCCUCACUCAAGCUUGAACAUACUGAACAGUUUAUUAGUGGGCUAUCUAAUUAACUUAAUCUCACACACAUCUUGGGUUUCACAUGCAAGUCUUUUACACCACCCAUUUAUAACAAUAUGGGACCAAAGACACUUCACCAAGAUGGGACGUGCAAUGAAAUCAACGGUGUUAUAUAUACACUUCACGUUUCCCCUUGAAGCUGUAUAAAGUUACAAGAUAGUGGUCUGCAUGCCUUUUCCAGCAAAAGGGCUAUAGUGUAGUGUCAGUCUUUGCUCCACUAUGAGGGGAUGAUAAGCCUUUUCAGUUUUUAGGAAUGUAUAAAUCAUUCUUAACCUGGUGCUCAUACAUUUUACAGCAUGAAUUUUAGUUGUGUCUGCCUGGACAAGUUAGACUUAAGUGCAGAAUCUUCUGAUCUAAUACAUUAUGUGCCUUGUUGUUCUGCCACACUCGGUUUGCAGGCACCAGACCUGUUUCUACGGGGUUAACCUGAGCGGUCUUCACAGUUCUGCAGUUGAUGAGUUUUUCAAACAGCCCAUAGUUGUGAGUACCUCGGUUCAAUGAGGCUGCCAUUGCAUUCAUGCUGAUAUAUACUGUGAAAUAAUCCAAAGAUGUUCAAUUUGCCACUGUCCUCAUUUUGUUGUAGGAUACAUUUGAGAUGUCGAUUCUAAUGGCAAAAUCUGUCAAGCACUGCAUCAAUUUCAUGGAGGCUAAAGAAGAGGACUUACACAGGUGAUUGUCUAAGUCAUUUUUAAAAUCUGUUUUUCAAAUUGGACGGCUCUUAUUUUGAGCUAUGAUACUGUAAUGACAGAUAAGAGAAAAUCUAUGACAACUUUUACAUUAUUUUUACAUUUUAGUCAUUUACAGUGGGGGAAAAAAGUAUUUAGUCAGCCACCAAUUGUGCAAGUUCUCCAACUUAAAUGAGAGAGGCCUGUAAUUUUCAUCAUAGGUACACGUCAACUAUGACAGACAAAUUGAGGAAGAAAAAUCCAGAAAAUCACAUUGUAGGAUUUUUUAUGAAUUUAUUUGCAAAUGAUGGUGGAAAAUAAGUAUUUGGUCACCUACAAACAAGCAAGAUUUCUGGCUCUCACAGACCUGUAACUUCUUCUUUAAGAGGCUCCUCUGUCCUCCACUCGUUACCUGUAUUAAUGGCACCUGUUUGAACUUGUUAUCAGUAUAAAAGACACCUGUCCACAACCUCAAACAGUCACACUCCAAACUCCACUAUGGCCAAGACCAAAGAGCUGUCAAAGGACACCAGAAACAAAAUUGUAGACCUGCACCAGGCUGGGAAGACUGAAUCUGCAAUAGGUAAGCAGCUUGGUUUGAAGAAAUCAACUGUGGGAGCAAUUAUUAGGAAAUGGAAGACAUACAAGACCACUGAUAAUCUCCCUCGAUCUGGGGCUCCACGCAAGAUCUCACCCUGUGGGGUCAAAAUGAUCACAAGAACGGUGAGCAAAAAUCCCAGAACCACACAGGGGGACCUAGUGAAUGACCUGCAGAGAGCUGGGACCAAAGUAACAAAGCCUACCAUCAGUAACACACUACACCGCCAGGGACUCAAAUCCUGCAGUGCCAGACGUGUCCCCCUGCUUAAGCCAGUACAUGUCCAGGCCCGUCUGAAGUUUGCUAGAGUGCAUUUGGAUGAUCCAGAAGAGGAUUGUGAGAAUGUCAUAUGGUCAGAUGAAACCAAAAUAUAACUUUUUGGUAAAAACUCAACUCGUCGUGUUUGGAGGACAAAGAAUGCUGAGUUGCAUCCAAAGAACACCAUACCUACUGUGAAGCAUGGGGGUGGAAACAUCAUGCUUUGGGGCUGUUUUUCUGCAAAGGGACCAGGACGACUGAUCCGUGUAAAGGAAAGAAUGAAUGGGGAUUUUGAGUGAAAACCUCCUUCCAUCAGCAAGGGCAUUGAAGAUGAAACGUGGCUGGGUCUUUCAGCAUGACAAUGAUCCCAAACACACCGCCCGGGCAAUGAAGGAGUGGCUUCGUAAGAAGCAUUUCAAGGUCCUGGAGUGGCCUAGCCAGUCUCCAGAUCUCAACCCCAUAGAAAAUCUUUGGAAGGAGUUGAAAGUCCGUGUUGCCCAGCGACAGCCCCAAAACACCACUGCUCUAGAGGAGAUCUGCAUGGAGGAAUGGGCCAAAAUACCAGCAACAGUGUGUGAAAACCUUGUGAAGACUUACAGAAAACGUUUGACCUGUGUCAUUGCCAACAAAGGGUAUAUAACAAAGUAUUGAGAAACUUUUGUUAUUGACCAAAUACUUAUUUUCCACCAUAAUUUGCAAAUAAAUUCAUAAAAAAUCAUACAAUGUGAUUUUCUGGAUAUUUUUUCUCAUUUUGUCUGUCAUAGUUGACGUGUACCUAUGAUGAAAAUUACAGGCCUCUCAUCUUUUUAAGUGGGAGAACUUGCACAAUUGGUGGCUGACUAAAUACUUUUUUCCCCCACUGUAGCAGACGCUCUUAUCCAGAGCGACUUACAGUUAGUGAGUGCAUACAUUUUUCAUACUGACAUAAUUUCGCUCGAAUAAACAUUCCAUUUCACUGUGUUUUGCAGGAUGGAGAUUCCAUUUGUGUUUAAACUGCUCCAGUCGGGAUUGAUCCAUGGGCUGGCCUUCUGGUUUGACGUAGCAUUUGUAGGAUCCAAGUAAGACCUCUUGGAGUGAUGUUUUUCAAUUAUUUUCAUUGUAAAAAAAAAAAUAUUAAAAAAAUAGUUUUAUCUCAGGCUCCAGGGGGUAUAGUAGAGAUACUCUGUUCAUUUGAAAUCACAGUGAGUCCUUUCGCUCUGCAGGAUGACAGUGUGGCUGUCCACUGCUCCUAGUGAACCUCUGACUCACUGGUACCAGGUCCGCUGUCUCUUCCAGACCCCUCUGUUUGGCAAGGUGGGACAGACUCUGUCCGGAUCUGUCCAGUUCAUAGCCAACACAAGGUAAGCCAGAGAAGGAGAAGGACAGUGCCUGUACUAUAGAAAUGGAAUGGGGGACAUUUGGGGAAUGGAAACAAUAUUAUACAGAGAUUAUAUUGUAUGCUUUUUGCUCUUCAUCUCUACCAGGCAGAGCUAUGACAUUCACAUCACAGCAGUUGUUGAUCAGUCCGGCUUCAAAUCUGGCAACAGUUUGGAUCUAAAGAAUCCUUUCUUCAGGUGAGCAGCUGCUGUUUGGGUGCACAGUGAGAUUCAAUGAUCUCUUAUUCUUCUCUGUAUGGAGACGUCUAUAAUGUUGCUCCAUACCAGGUCCAUAGCAGAGGCUAAAAUUAUCUUCAUAUCCUUUCAAUAAAUACAGCUUUUGGUAGAAGCGAGUAGAUAUGGUAGUAUUGUUUCCUACUUGCUUAAUGUGCUCUGUAGUGUGCCUGGACUACACCUCUGUCUGUCUGCCUGUUUAGGGUACACAGUUGGCUGCUGGUGUAAGAACCUCCAGACAAUGCAGGAGCAAAGAGUGUGGACAGACCCUUUACAGAGUAGAGUCUGUGCCACUGUGGCACAAGCCCUGGGACUAUAGGCUAGGUAAAGUACACCUGAACUGCCCUGCAGGGUCAGUAGUGUAGUCCAUGACAUAUCCCCUUUUUAGGAAAGUACAUUGUUCCAUCCAACAGGAGUUUGACUUUGUUUGUUUGGUUAAAAAUGCAUUUUCUUUCCAAAGGUAUGCCUGAAGUGAUGAUCACCAAUCAAGUUCCAGGAGCCUUCAUGUCCUUCGCUAUAAAACUGUCCAUGAAAGAACUUUGAAUGUACAUUAAUAUGUUUUUAUUUUGUAUAAUCAUAUAGCCAAAGCUACAGUUCAUUUAUUAUAGUGUACAGGGACACCAAGUGGAAAUAA